AUGUUGGCGCGGGCGCGGCCGCCCGCGGCGCCGCCGCGCGCCCAGACGGCCUCGGCGACGCUGACCCGGUCUACGUUCAGGCCUCCGGGGACGUCGAGGCCGCCAGCCGCCGUGCGCGUCGCCGGGGCGCCGCUGCCCUCGGCCCCGGACGCGCCCGCUCGGCGCGCGGCGGCUCAGGCGAGGGGCCCGCGGCGGCGUCCUGCCGCGGCGAGCCCGCCAGCGAAGAAGCGGCGUCGGGUGGCGGCGACUGCGGCGGCGGCGGCGCGCCGGCGCUCCGCGGCCGUGCAGCUGCCGGGCCUGAGCGUGCUGGAGACGGGAUCGAUCACGGCGGCGACGCGGGCGCAGUACGUGGAAGCUUUCGACGGCUUCCAGGCUUGGAUGGCAGAGCGGGGCGUGCAGCCCACGACGCUGGACGACUACGACGAGCAGCUGGUCCUCCGCCUGGACGAGCUCUACCUGGACGGCGAGGGGAUCGGGGCCGGGCAGAAGCUCUUCGCGUCGGUGCUCUUCUUCCUGGGGCUGACGAAGGCGGCGGGCUCGCCGAUGGCGCGAGCGCGGCGGGCGCUGCGCGGGUUCCGUCGGUUGGCGCCGCCCACCUCGCGGCUCCCGCUCCCCUUCGAGUUGCCGGCCGCGCUGGUAAACUACCUCGUGAGCGUCUCGAAGCUCGAGGCGGCGCUCGUGCUGUGGCUGAGCUUCGAGCUGUACCUGCGCCCAAGCGAGCCGUACCACAUCCGGGCCACCGACGUGGUUCGCCCGGCUCGCGGCCGCCUGGGGCACGACAGCUGGAGCGUGACUCUGCACGCCGCCGAGACGGAGGUGCUCUCGAAGACCGCCGAGUACGACGAGGCGCUGAAGCUGGACCUGCCGCGGCAGGAGCUGCUGGGCCCGGCGCUGGAGGCCUCAGUGACCGCGCGGCUCGGCCCCGACUGGCGGAGGCCUCGCCCCGCGGCGGCGCGCGGCGCCGCCGCGGGCGGCCGCGCGAGCGGCGCGGCCCCGGAGCCUCUGCUGUUCGCGAUCACGCAGCGCGAGGUCUCGAGCGCCCUCUCGGCCGCCGCCAAGGCCCUCGGGAUCGAGAAGUUCCUGCCCGGCCUGCACCCUUACAUGCUCAGGCACGGGGGCGCGUCUCACGACUACGGCAGCAAGGCCAGGUCCCUCGUCGACGUCCAGCGCAGAGGCCGGUGGCAGUCGUGGCAUUCGGUCCGCCGAUACGAGAAAGGCGCUCGCCUGUCGCAGGUGCUGCAGAUGGUGCCCGCUGCGAUGCAGGUGUUCAGCGGCUCCGGGCGCCUGGGACGGGCGGUCGCCGCUGAAGGGCUGCCCGUCCUGCUUUGGGACAUCUGCCUGGGCCCCGAGUAUGACCUGCUGAGCCCGCAGAAGCGUGGGCUGAUUCGGUCCUGGGUUCGAAGCGGGCUCGUAAUUGGCAUCCACAUCGGGACGCCCUGCAACACGUGGAGCCGCGCGCGGGACAUCCCGCCCGGACCGAUGCCGCUGCGAAGUGACGCUUUCCCUCUUGGCCUUCCCGACUUGAGCGUGAAAGAUCAGGCCAAGGUUGAUGCAGGCAACGUUUUCAUGAUUUUCAGCGCUGGCCUCAUGCACGAGGCCAUCAGGGCCAACAUCCCAGCUAGUAAUGAGAAUCCCCAGACGAGCCGACUUUGGCUCGCCCCUCCUUUCGUCCGCCUGCUGCGCUCGUCGGCCGUCACUUUCACUGUCACGCACUUCUGUCAGUGGGGAGCGCCGUUGCGAAAAGCCACGGCUUUCGCCACAGUCAACCUCGAUAUGAGUCGCAUCGGUCGUGCGCUGUGCAAGUCGUCCAAGAGAGGAAUUUGUUCCCGCACUGGCUUGCCGCACGCCCAGCUGCAUGGAAAAGACGUGGAGCGCGUCUUUAAAACCAAGCUGGCCGAGGCUUACCCUCAGCGUUUGUGCAACGCCCUCGCCCAAGCCUAUAGUAAUGCCGUAAUAUCUCACAGGGCGCCUCGGCGUGCGGCCACCUCGGCGCCGCACGUUGGCGGAGCCCCGCCGGCGCGCGGCGCCCACGCUCUCUGGGCAGCGGGCGGGGCCUCGGCGGGCCCGGCCGGCGCGCGGGGCGCCCGCGACGCGGCCGCGGGCGGGUCCGUGCCCAGCCCGGUGCAGGCGUUCGCGCCGGCGGCCCCGCCCUUGGGGGAGGAGAAGGUGGUCUCUCGGCGCGACGCCCGCGGACUCGCCCUGUCCCGACAGGACGCGGCCGCGGCCGCCGGUGUGGAUGCCCGCGCAGCGGCGAGGAGCCCGGCCCUCGCGGACGCGCCGCUGUCCGCCAGCGGCCGUGCCCAGGCGGUGCGGCUGGGGGCGCGCCUGAGGGGCGCGGGGGUGCAGGUGGUCGCCGCAUCGCCCCUCCGCCGCGCGUACCAGAGCGCGCGGCUGGUCUUCCCAGAGGUGCAGCUCUGCCUGCUGGAGUGUCUUCGCGAGCGCCGCACUGGGUCCCCCAGCGACAUGCGCGGCCCCAGGGCGGAGAUCGCCGCUGCGCUGGGGGGUCCGCGGACCAGGCUGGACCUGUCUGGCCUCGACGGCGAGGCGGACCCCGCGCCGCCCGGCGAGCGCGAGCCCCGCGCCGCGGGCCUCGAAAGGGCGCGGCGCGCGGUGGCGUGGCUGCUGGCGCGCCCGGAGCACACGCUGGCGGUGGUCAGCCACGCCCUGCUCCUGGAGGACGUCUUCAGCCCGCGCUGCGGCGUGCUCCGGCUGCAGGGCCCGGGCCCGGCGCCGGCGCCCAUCAACGGCGCCGCCGCGCCUCUGGGGCCGCAACUGCGAAGUCCACGCCUGUGCGUUGAGGGGCGGCGGCGGCGCUCCGGGCCAGCCCUGCGCCGUGGGCCGGUGGUUGCCCCUGGAGCGCGUGCUGAAAGGCGUGCUCAUCCACAACCACAAUGA